AUGAGCUUGAAAGAAGUAUUCGAACAACAUCCAUGGAGGUCAUUUAAGAAAUUCAAUGAAGCUGCAAAGAGUUGGGGAUUUACUAACAGAGCUGAAGUGAAAAGGUUCUUUGACAAAAAUGUUGUACAUCAAACAAAAAUAAACCCUUACGACUACUUUUUACCAAUUUACUCCAACACUCCUGACGCAUACCAAUUUGACACUCUCGUUCAGAGUAAGAAAGGAGGACAUAAACCAUUCCUCAUCUUCAUUAAUGUUAACACUCGUAAAGCAUAUGCAUAUCCAAUGAAAAAUAAAGGAACUCGUGAAGUGUUAAGAGUUUUACAAAAGUUUGUAGCAGAACAUAGCCCAAGUACUUUAACAUCAGACCAAGACAGUGCAUAUCUCAGCAAUGAAAUCACAGAUUUUCUCAUUAAGCAUAACAUAACUCACUACACUACUGAAGACCAUAACCAUAACAUACUCGGCAUCAUAAACCGCUUCAUAAGAACGCUCAGAGAUUUAAAUCAAGAGCGAGACUUUACCGAAGAAACAAUGAAACAUUUUCUCGAAGUAUAUAAUUCCUCAACACAUUCUACAACAGGACAUACACCAAAUUCAAUGACACAACAACAAGAAGAAAA